AUGGUCCCACUUUUGCAAAGGCUCAAACUUUUCAACAAUUCCCAUCGAUCCUUCUCCACUCUUCUCUCCUCUCAAUUCUAUCCAGCGACUAAAAAACCCACUUCCACCACAGGAACCAAUAUUGGUAGCACUGAUUUUUCACACCUUGAUGGAUAUGGAACUUCUGUAAAAAAACAAAAAGAGCCCAAAUCACUCGGUCGAUAUGAAACUUUACCGAAACAAAAACCCUCCACGGAUCCUUACAAGGAACAACAGAAAAUGGUAGAACAAAUUAAGAAGGGUAAAGAUCAAAUGGAAUUGGAAGGUAAAGAGAAACCUGAGAAGUACACAUUGAAAACAUCAUCUUCUCCAUCAAGGCCAAAAAAAGGAGCCGCUAAAAGAAAGCGUUAA